UACAAAUUCGUUGAUUUAAUAUUAACUUUUUUAAGUUUGUUUGAAUAGAUUUGUGUGUGUUGAUUAAAUUUCAAAAUUUGCUAAGCCAUGCCUCGUGGAGGAAAACGCAGUCAAAAGGGCAGAGCCCGUCAAUUUACAAGUGUGGAUGAACUAGAAUCACAGCGAAAACAGGAGCAAAAUUGGAGGAAGAAACAAGAUUCCUCGUCCGAUGAAGAUACUUCUGAAGAAGAAGAAAAAUCUGACAUAAACAACCCAAACCGAGUUAUAAAUAAAACGAAAAAAGCAUCACAGUUAGAUGAAAUUGUUACCACGCCUACCACUGAUUUAUCACGAAGAGAAAAAGAACAAAUUGCAAAACAGGAGGCGCAAAGAAGAUACCAACAACUUCAUGCCCAAGGUAAAACAGAUGAAGCAAGAGCAGAUCUUGCUCGGCUUGCCAUUAUUCGUAAACAAAGAGAGGAAGCGGCUCAAAAAAGAGAAGCUGAGAAAAAGGCAAAAGAAGAGAGACUUCAUGCAUCAAAGGAAGCAAGUUUAAAUGCAAUAAAAGGAAAAACUGGGAAAAGAAAGUAAACAUUGUUUUAACCUGGUUUCGAUUUUUAUCACUACAUUUGUGUUUCACUAUGCUAAUUUAUAUGUUGUGUUGAUACGAACUUGAACUGCUCAGUUAAGUUGCUGCAUGGUUGGUUGAGGAAUCAAGUCAAUUCGCAAUGCACAAGAUAUUAUGCUGCUUUUUAAUGGUUUAGUUGUAUAAUGGGGAUAUCUUAAACUGCAGAAGAUUUAAAUUUAAAACGAAACCUAUGUUUUUUGGUGAUUAGGUCUUGUUUAAUUUUUUUUUUGGUUUGUGUGUUAACAGUUGUUUUAUUGGGUUUGGAAAAGAUAUAUUUCCGUUGGGACAUUUCGAUAUGUUGUACUUUUGUAGCGUGUUUGGUGAUGGAAAAAAGAAACACAACAUUUUCAAUUUUUUGGUCGAAGUUUUAAUUCUUUAAUAAUGUUGAAACUGUUACAGUAAAUUACAAUUUAAUAUUAAAUCGAUUCCAGA